GACCUCUGUCGGAAAACAUUUAGAUUCUGACCCUCGCCACCUCCUUCACCAUGUCUGAAUGGAUUCGCGUUCUCGCCGCGUUCGUGUUCUGCUUCCAUACUUCAAUCGCAGAGAGUUUGGUGACUCAGGACCCUACGUCCAUCUCCACUUCUCCGGGGAAAACGGUCAAGAUGACUUGUACCCUCUCAGGAGCCCAGAUGCGCAGCUACGGCACUAGCUGGUACUGGCAAAAGACCGGCAGCGCCCCGGUCCUUGUGUGGUAUGAGGGCAACAGAGCUUCUGGAAUUCCAGAUCGAUUCACCGGUACCGUGGAUGAUCCGAACAAUAUGAUGCACCUGACCAUCACCAACCUGCGAUCUGAGGAUGUCGCCGAUUAUUACUGUUUUGUUUCAACUAUUGGUUUCGGGAAAGGAACCAAAUUGAAUCUAAGCAGUCCCCAGCCUCCCGCGGUGUCAGUCCUUGGGCCUUCAGAGGAAGAAAUCGCGGGAAAGGGCACCGCCACUCUGGUGUGUUUGGUGAACGGGUUCAACCCGGGCGUUGUGGACAUUGAGUGGACGGUGGACGGCAGUGCGAGAAGUGAUGGCGUCGACACAGGCCGAGCCCAGCAGGAUCAGGACAACAUGUUCAGUACCAGCAGUUACCUGACUCUGCCAGCCGCCUACUGGAACUCACACGAGCUUUACUCCUGUGUAGUUAAACACGAGACUCAGACAAACCCACUGAAGACAAACAUCGCCAGAUCUGGUUGUGCUUGAUUCAAACAUAUGAUGUCUUGAAUUGAUACAUUUGGAAAUAAAAUUCACGCACAGAGA